CGGUCAUGUAAUCAGCUGUGUCCAAUCACAGCUGAUCACAUGGGACAUGUACACUGAUCAUCAGGGCACUGAUGAUCAGUGUGCCCUGAUGAUCAGUGUGGCCCCAGAAGUGCCACCUGUCAGUGGUCAUCAGUGCCACGUGCCAGUGCCCAUCAGUGCCACGUGCAAGUGGCCAUCAGUGCCACAUCAAUGCCACAUAUCAGUGCAUACCAGUGCACAUCAAUGCCACAUAUCAGUGCCCACCUGAACUGCCUUUCAAUGUCACCCAUCAGUGCCAGUCAGUGCCACCUAUCAAUGCCAAUCAGUGCCACCUAUCAGUGCUGCCAAUCAGUG